AUGCCCCACAGCAACUGGGGUUUCACUCCAAUCAACCGCCGCAAAAGCCCUCCAGAGUCUGAGCUUGCUGCGCCGACUCAGCCUUCACAGCAGAACCAAGCAGCUCGCCGGCGAAGGAAGAACCCGCUGAUUCAGAAGUACCUCUCCCCAGGCAAAUCUGCGAGUGCGUCCAUGUUUGAAAGAGCUGCGAUAUCUCAUGGCGAGGAACCUCAGGUGAAGAAACGAAAGACUAUCAAGCACUCGGAAGGAGACGGAAAGAACCAUGGGGCGACCGGAAACCAGGCCCGGCCCAAGCCGAAUACCAGCGGAAGACGGGUGGUUUCUGAAGGCAUGCGAACCAGCAAGCCGUUCGCGUUUUCACCCAUUAAGCCUAACCAUCCUACCUUUAAUCCGAGGUCUGCUGCGGACAAAGUCGUGGCAUCCAGUGGCAUCAAUGACCAGCGCCCCGAGUCCAUUUCCAAGGAUACACCUGCCAGCUCGAAUGCCUUCAAGAGUAUCAUAGGUGACACCAUAUCUGUAGUAUCACCUCUCACGUCAAUGGAUAUCAUCUCUGCGCACCCAACCUCUAGCUCCACUCUCGAAAAUGUGUCGGCAUCACAGCAGACCUCUUGCGACGGCCUUCAAGACUAUAAGGCUACUAAUGAGAACGGGAGAAGUCCAGCUGAUCGCUCCGACAAUGCUGGGGACCUACAAGCAAAAUACUCUAACCACCCUCUAGGCCACCUGUUUUCCUCUACUACUCAAUCGCAACACAUACCUAAUCAUCAACGGGUGCACAGACUGGCCCGCAAUCCACAGCUUGGCACGAUCGUUGAGGAAGCCGAAUCAGAUGCACUCCCAGCGACUCACGACAACGAUGGCAAGUGUAGUAUAUCACCUCCAGCCAACUAUCUCAAGACGAUAGAAGACAUAUCUGAUGGUUUCGAUAUGUUUGAUGACGGACUCUCUGACACUGACCUUUUGUGCCUUGUGGACGCGAACGAAAUCCAGCUACCACAGAAAGAUGAAUGCGGCUUGUCAACAUCCAAGUUUGCUGCAAGAGGAUAUGCAGAUGAAGGCUGUCCCCAAGCAGUCGACUACUUGGACAUGGACGGAUUUUUUGCAGAAGACCUGGAGUUGUCUGAAGACGAGAAUGUCAAUGCCAUGGAAGCAGCAGAUGCAAGUAUAGGCACCGCAACGAUACUGAAUCAGGUCUCCAGCAAUAUCCAAAAGAUCCAAGCGACUCCAACCACUCUUUUCUCGAGCUGCGCGGAAGCACAGAAUGCGCAAUCUCCGGAGCACAAGCCUGUCCUCAGGCCACCUUUCCCAGAUCGUGCGCAAGAGCGAUCACCGAUCCUUGGGCUUUCAGGCGCAACCUCUCUCCGUGUGUGUUUUCGCAUUGGCGAGGCGCUCAAUGUGGGUAUCCAAGCAGUGCGCGAACGUCAGUCUGUCGUUAUCGAACUCUAUGCCAGGGUCCGCUGGGCAUUCAGAGAGCCCCGUUCUGUCAAGCAACAUUUCAUCUUCAUGGAUCUCUAUCAUGAUCGUCCGCCUUACCUUGACGGGACCUACGAUGGUUGGAAAGGCGUUGAGCUCUACGAACACGACAGCGGUAGAUUCCUGGAGCGGUCGGACCGCCCUCUGACUUGUCGGUGCGUAGGAAAGCUGAAGCGCGACGGUAAAUCCUGGAGACUGGUGAUCGCUAGCAUCUGGGAGGCCUCGAUAGACGAUGUGGAACAUGUCCUCAGAGUCAUCCAAUCGUAG